UCUUGAGAUUGGAUGCUCCGAAAUUUUUGAGUCGCGGUUUGUUUCCUGCCUGAAGCCACAUUCUCUGAACAAUUAAAGAAGAAGUUUAAUCUGGAUCUUGUUCUGUUUCCCUCUCUGCCAUCAAGGAUUGAUCAAUUCGACUGAAGAUGGUUAAAAUGGCAGCUAGCUUUCCAGCUUUUCUCUUCGCCACAUUCGCUGCUUUACAGCUGUGCACGAUUGUGGAAGGUGGCGUGUUGCGACUCGACAAACAGCAGAUCAAUCCUGUGAGACACGAAUACGAACCUGGACUCAGUGCAGAAGCACGAGUAGCUAUUCACAGAGCCAAUAAACCACGAGAGCAUACACCAAACCGUCAAAGAAUUCCACAAGAAAAGUUGAAAGAAUAUGAUCAUCACAGAAAUGAAGAACAUAAAGCGACUCAAAAUAUGCAUCUAAGUGAUCGUGCUUUACGUGUGGCAAGAGAAAGCUUUUCAGGCGCAAAAUUAAAAGAAAAUGAAGACAGAAUCUAUUCCUCAAGGAAAAGGUUACAUGAACAAGUUUAUUUUCAUGGCAAAGCGGCUGAUGCUAUGGUAAGGGAAGCAACAGGACAAAAACAUUAAUCGUUACAGGACUGCACCGAGUAAGUGGCUUUCAAGGAAGGAUACACCGAUAGGUACAGUUUCGUAUUUGGCUGCUCAUGUCUCUAAUUGAUGGAUAAAACCGAAUCGCUGUGGUUGGGGGCGCUUUGGUUUAUGGAAGUUGCAUUUGUCGUGUAA